UGGAACGCAAUUUUUGGCGAAAAGUCACGUAGGCCACCGCGCGUGUUUAUUAUUUUCACAAAAGUAACCUGUGCAAUAAUAAAAAACAAUAGUUUAUAGUUGUGAUAUGUUUACAAAGUGACCGUCAAAAAUGGAGGACUUUGUUAAUAAUCCAGGAGUGGUUGUUAUACGUGCGAAACCCGAAGGACAACGCAAAACUUUUAAACCAAAUGUACGCACUGUAAAUAAAAUUCCUGAUGAACUAUUGAAUGAUCCUUUGUUAAACAGAGCAUGUGAAGUGCUCCCACAGAACUAUAACUUUGAGAUACACAAGACAAUAUGGAGAAUACGGUCAUUAAACGCAAAGAGAGUGGCUCUGCAAAUGCCUGAAGGUCUUACAAUGUUUGCUACGACUUUGUGCAACAUAAUUGAAACCUUUACGGAUGCUGAUACUGUGAUAAUGGGCGAUGUUACGUACGGGGCUUGCUGUAUCGACGACUUCACAGCCAUCGCAUUAGGAGUCGACCUACUAGUGCAUUAUGGACACUCCUGCCUUAUCCCCAUCGACCAGACAAGCAACAUCAAAGUGCUUUAUAUAUUUGUAGAUAUCAAAAUUGAUCCAUCACAUUUUGUAGAAACAAUCAAAGUAAAUUUUCGACCUAAAUCACAUCUAGCUUUAGUUAGCACAAUUCAAUUUGUUACAACAUUACAUUCGGUAGCUAAGAAUCUUCGUAAUGAGGAAUACAUAGUGACUGUACCACAGUGUAAGCCAUUAUCUCCAGGAGAAAUCCUUGGAUGUACAGCUCCUAAAGUGAAUGCUGAUGUCAUAAUCUAUUUAGGAGAUGGCAGAUUCCAUUUAGAGUCAAUAAUGAUAGCAAAUCCCAAGAUCCCAGCUUAUAAGUAUGAUCCUUAUGAAAAGAAAUUCACAUCAGAGUUAUAUGAGCAUGAUUUGAUGCAGACCAACAGACAGAAUCAGGUGAAGACAGCUGAACAGGCUGGGAGUUUCGGUCUCAUUCUUGGCACACUAGGCAGACAAGGCAGCACCAAAGUAUUAGCUAAUUUAGAGAAGCAAAUACGUAACUCAGACAAGAAGUUUGUUAAGAUUCUUUUGUCUGAGAUUUUUCCUAGUAAAUUGGCACUAUUUGACCUGGAUGGUUUUGUUCAAGUAGCUUGCCCAAGACUCUCCAUAGAUUGGGGCACAGCUUUUCCUAAACCAAUAUUGACUCCAUAUGAAUUUUCUGUAUCGUUAGGUAACAGUAAAUGGUUGCAGGAAGAUGGCACAUAUCCAAUGGAUUUUUACUCCAACAGUAGUUUAGGUCCUUGGACACCAAAUUAUAAGCCUGUUUUAUGUUCAGGUACUGAUAAAAAAUGUGAUAACUGUUGUGGCAAAGGGAAGGAAGAUUCUAAAAUAUCAGAUCUCGUGAAGUUAUAAAGUCAAAUCGAAAUUUUGUUUUGUUUUUACUAUCAUUUUACCUACUUCAUAUGUCUGUUUCUGUGUCUUCCACUCACCUCAGUUCCAUCUAAAACUGCUGCAGACUCUCGAGCCUGCUGGAAGACUUGAGAAUCCAUGAAUUUAGAUGGGAAAGUCUCAGCAAAGUUAGGGAUAGGCACAUUACGUGUGUCACGUCUGAAAGAAAAAUAUUAUUUGUAUGAUACAGUGCUUGUGUAUUUCAAGUUCCUAAAGUUGUUUAGCACUAAACUGACUAACCCACAAGCUAGAAAUGGACAUGAAUAUUUUUAUUAUUUAAAUAUAAAUAAAUAAUACAAAAUAAUAUUUUAAUAUCUGUACAUUUUGUUGUUAUAUAAAAUUGUAGUAAAAUGGAAAUAAUGUACCUAAUUAAAAUAAGUGUUUUAUACAUAAUUUAAGGGGUGUAGUUUAUUUGAUUAUAGCUACUUAAAUAUAACUUAUUAAUUAUAAUAUUUGCUAUGAGAGUUAAACUCAUUAUGCAAAUAUUGAAAUUGGAAUCAACUAAUCUACUUAUGUUUAAAGUUCGUAUCUGAUAGAUAUGAUAAAAUGCGGCAUUCACAUACGAUUUCUACUUAUAUUUCCAAUAAUACUAUUGCUUACCUGUGCGAAAGAGCUACAGAAAAGCAGUAGUUGAAGAGUUGUGGGUUGAGUUUGACGCGGCUGUACGCACACGUGGAUAGGAAGUCCUGCAACUCAUUCUCGGGUACAUCUGUUGAUAAGAAACACAUAUAAUAAAUAAUGUACUAUAACGGAUGGUGUUUUACAUGGUUAGUAAUUACAAUUUUAAAUAUUUUUU